CUCACACCACGGUCUCAUCCAAGAGUGACAAGCUCCAACUAAAUCACUUGUUGAUUUGGAUGUUUGGCCGGUAAGCAACUACGCUUUGGCUUUGGAUUUCUGAAGUGGGAGGAUUUCUCUCGGUGAACCAACCCUCUUUCCACUUAAGCCAGUUAUCCGUCGAUCGGUUCUGUGAGCAAUUCUGACCUAAUAAGUGGACUACACUCGGUAGGGCCAUGAUGCGAGCCCAAAAGUCUUCUGACAAGCCGUUGAAGUUUUAUCCACUUACAGUUUUUCUUCCUUUUACAAGCGGUUUAUAGUUUCAAUCAGAGACUAAAUACAAGAGACACAGUCCGGAAUAAUUUGUUAGCUGUGAUUCAUCUCUAAACGGUGUUGCAGUGUUGGUCUCCAUGUGCCCUUGGACUGUGUCCUAAAGCUGUGAAGAACACAAUCCGUGUAAGAGUACAAACAAAAAUCCAAAGGAGUGCAACGAUCUAAUCAUGACGGUUAAAAAGCUGGUUCCACCUCCGGAUCCAUUGAUCCGGAUCAUUGGCGAUGUGGGACGCUUCCAGUUGACCUUGUUCUUCAUCACAGGGCUAUCCAUAGUGAUCCAUUCGUGGGCCAUGUUGGCCAAUAAGUGGAUCGCAUAUCCAGUAGAUUUUUGGUGCGAGAAACCUGAAUAUCUUGUGGAAGUGGAACCAAAGAAUUGGGUCGAUAUCUAUGCUCCAUAUGCCAAAGGCUACACACCCACAGAGCGAUCCACGAAGCUUAUCGAUGAAAUGGAAAAUGGCAUUUUGGAGACCAUAGCGUUACCGAUUGGGGACAAAUAUGAUCGAUGUCGGAUCUUUGAAAUGGAUUACUACAUUGGACGGCCCAAUCGAACUGAAAAUCUAGCUCGAAAAUGCAUGGAAUUUGAGUACGACAGCUCUGCAUAUCAGAACACCAUCACGGAGAGGUUCGGGUUAAUUUGCGAGUAUCAAACCUACCCGAGACUAGGCCAGUCCAUCUUUUUCGCCGGCACAUUUUUUGGCGUGUUCACCAGCGGAUAUCUGUCCGACCAUUUUGGCCGGAUGAAGGCCUACAGGUUAUUUCUGUUCUUGUGGGUGGUUUUCGGCAUUGCCGGUGCCUUUGCCCCCGACUUUUGGUCCUGGUCAUUAUUCAGAUUCAUCUGCGGAGGAGCCAGUAUCGCCUUUAACACGUGUCAAACCGUGUAUUGCGUGGAGUUGGCCGGAUUCCGAUGGCGUUCUUAUACAAACUCCUUCUUCAGAGCUUUUCCAUUUGCUUUGGGGCACGUCACAUUGGGACUAUUGGUGUAUCUGAUUCCUAAUAUGGUCCAUUUAGAGAUCUUCAUUGGAUGCUCCGGCAUUCCAUUUCUGAUCAUCUCCUUUUUUCUGCCUGAAUCUCCCAAAUGGCUUCUGGUUAAUGGUCGCUACGACGAAGCGAUCACCAUAAUUGAAAGGGCCUGCAAAGUCAAUGGGAUCGUCCCGAAGCAAGAGGACUUGGACGCCCUCAAAGAGAUCCAUGACGAAACUGGGGACACGGGCAAGACUUGGUUGUUGUUCAAACAUCCGGGAAUUCGUCGAAAUAUGAUUAUCAUGAACUAUUGCUGGUUCUGCUUCAGUAUGGCGUAUUUCGGCCUUAUCUACAACACACCGGCUUUUGACUUGGAUCCAAUUUUAGUGUUCGUUAUCCCGGCUAUUUUGGACUUUCCAGUGGUCCUUUCUUACCCAUUUUUUGAGAACUCGUUUGGUCGAAAGGCCAUGUUAACAGGCAGUCUUUUGGUAGCCGGAUUUUUUCUUCUAAUGACCAUCACAGUUCCAGCUGGCUGGCCAGUGAUCAUCCUCUCCACAAUUGGCCUCAAAGCAGCGGGUACAGCCUUCGAUGGAGGCUACUGCUUCACACGAGAACUGGCCCCGACAUUCCUUCGAGGUUCAGCAUUAAGUUUAGUAUCGGGUUCGGCCCGAUUAGGCUCAGUUUUGUCCCCUCUGGUGGCUUCGAUACACAUUGAUGGAUCUCUCAAUGUGAUUUUGCCGGUUUUGAUUUAUGGUGGUCUUACCAUGAUUGCAGCCAUUACUAGCGUUUGGUUGUGGCCAGAGACACUCAAUACAACCUUACCCGAUAAUCUCGAGGAGGCGGAGACACAAGCCAAUACUCGAAACCGGUGGACUUAUUGUUAGUUUUGGCCGGGAAAGUUACAAUAUCUUGAAAAUUUCAUAGAGCAUGAUUUUCGUUACCUAAUGCAAUGGCCAACACCGACUUCCUCAAGAUUGAUCUAAAAUCGCCACUUAUCGUCAAUAUAUAUGUAUUUUCUUUAU